ACAGUGAAUAAAUAUAAAUAUAAAAAAUUUCUGAGAACCAUAAAAACAAAAUUUUAAAAAAAUGCACACGUUCCUAUUGAUCGUAUCUUGUGCUAUUUUUAACGUUUUUUCUUCAAAAGAAUAUAGCCUGUGUGAAGAAAAUCAAAAAAAGUUAUCAGUAAAUCACAAAUGUCCUGAUAACUGCACAGAAAAGAGUCAACAAAUCUAUUGCUCAACUAUUUCAGCCGCUUUGUCUUUAAAAAAUCUUACUAACACAUGCAUUGUCAUAGAAGAUAAUCAAAUACUGAAUAAUGUAAACGUUAUAAAAAAUGUUAGCAAUUUGACAGUAACCGGUAUAAAUUCAGAAAUAGUAAUUAAUUGUACAUCUAAUUUGAAUGCUGGAAUUUUGAUAUACAAUGUUACUAAAUUGUUGUUUAUGAAUCUCCAUAUAAAACAAUGUGGAUCAAUAAGUAAACAAACUUUCGGAAGAAAUGUUAUUAUAUUGUCAUCUGCACUCUUUUUCUCUUAUAUUGUUGAUCUCACUUUCAUAAAUGUUUAUUUUACUAACAGCAAUGGCUAUUCUGUUGUUCUACUGGAUGGUAAAGGAAACAUCACUUUUGAGGCAGUUAUUUUUCAAAAUAACACUUUUUAUUUAUAUAUGAAUGAAUCUUCAGAAUAUUACUCCGGAGGGGGCUUAUUAAUUUGGUACUCGCAAGCAAAAGUAAAUGAAAUAGCAAAUAUAAAUAUAGAAAAUUGUACUUUUCGAUGGAACUCUGGUAAAAUAAAUGCUAAGAUCAAAAGUUUACUUAAUGAAUCUGAUGUUCCAUUUGGACAUGGUGGUGGUUUAGGUGUUUUCUUUACUGAAGAUACAAGCAAAAAUAUUUUAUCAAUAAAUAACUGUAAAUUUUUGCAUAAUAAGGCUCUGCAGGGUGGCGGUUUAUUUGUUUUUCAAGGAUGUAGUAAUAGCAUAUUGAUUAAAGAGUCAUUGUUUAUUGAUAAUAAUGCCACUCAAUAUGGUGGUGGAUCAUGCAUUUCAGAAGUAAAUUCAAAGCAACUUAAUAAAGAAUAUGUAACAUUUGAGAAUUGUACUUUUUUUAGUAAUAGUGGUAUAUUUGGUGGUGCCUUGAGUUUUAAAACUGAUCUUAAUAAAAAUGGGAGAUUUGAUACUAUAAAAAAUUGCAAUUUUUCAAAUAACUCUGCUCUACUUGGUUCUGCUGUACAUUUACAUCAAGUUUCAUUAGUUAUAGAUGAAUCAAAAUUCUCUCACAACAGUUAUUGGCAAUUUGAACAAACAACAGGACAAGGUGCUGUUUAUGCAUAUGGUAAUGAAAUUCAAUUUUUAAGAGAAAAUCUAUUUGAGAAUAGUUCAAAUACAGCAGUUAUACUUGAAAAUGCAGUUGCAUUUUUUUCUGGACAACUUUAUUUUAAAGAAAAUAAAGGUACCAGAGGUGGUGCUUUGGGAUUGUAUAGUAACUCUAGAAUUAUUAUCAAUUCUAAUUCAAGCUUAGCAUCCUUUAUAAAUAACUCUGCUUUACAAGGUGGUGCCAUAUACGCUGAACAAAGUGUAUCUUGUCCUAUUUAUAAAUGCUUUAAACAUGAAGAAAAUAAAAACUGUUUUUUUUUAAAAAAGUUUCCAAGUGCAAAGUUAGAAUACAGUAACAACAAGGCAAAUUAUGAUAUAAAUGAUAUAUUUGUUCCAACUCUCAGUUGCUGUCAUUUUAAUGAUUUUGGUACCAAUAAUUAUCUAACAGACCCGGUACGAUUCAAAGUGUUUGAAGAAAAUUUUACAAAUAUUUAUCCUGGAAAAAAAAUUAAUCCAACUGUUCUUUUAGUUGAUGAGUUUAAUCAUAGUGUAUCAGGUUCAAUAGAUGUUUAUCUUAAUGGCUCAUUACAAAGUUUCAUAGUUAAAGAAAAUAAAAUUAAUAUGCAAGUAUUUGGAAAAAGAAAUGAGCCAUAUUUUAUAAUCUUUUCCUUGAAGAAUUUUUAUCAAUAUAGCUUUAAAUUUAAUCUUACUACCUGCCCUUUAGGUUAUGAAUUGGAAACUGAUCGUUGUAUAUGCAAUAAGAAAAAUCUUGUCAAAGGUAUAAUAUGCAACAAUGAUGGAGGAAUUUCCUUGUUUUUUGGUUUGUAUGUAGAUUAUAAUCAAAGUGCUAUAAAUACUGACAAUGAAACAACACAUAUUUGCCCAUAUGGUUAUUGUACUCCUUGCCCGAAUUUGACAUGCUCUUUUGGACCUGAUAAACAAUGUGCAAAUGGGAGGUUAGGUUUUUUGUGUUCUGAAUGUCCAGGAAAUAAAACCGUUGAGUUUGGAGGGGAAGGUUGUGUUGAUAAAUGCAAAUGGUUGCAUUUAAUUUAUAUUUUAUUAGGAAUUUUUAUAAUAUUUUUUUUAGUUUGUUUUGCAGUAGCAUUUUUAAAUAUAUGCAUUUAUGAUUUGUGGCUGAACUCAUGGAUUUAUUUUUAUCAAGUUGUUCAGUAUCACAUAACUGCAAGUAUGGAUCUAGAGGACACAUUUAUUAAUACUUUUCUCAGAAACAUUUUAAAUUUUCAUGGAGUGCAUUUAGGUAAAUUCAGUGCAAAUUUUUGUCUUAUGAAAGAAUGGAAUGAUUUAGAUAAGCUUUUUUUUAAUUAUCUAAUACCCUUGACAAUGUUUCUUAGCAUUAUUUUAAUUGCUAAAUGGAAUAAAUUGUAUCAGCUUCUGCAAGGUUUAAAUAACAAAGUGAUCAAUUUUAUGAAAAAUUGUAUUUUAAAAAACAAGUCUGAUGAAGAGUUGAAUUCAAAGAGAGAAACCAAUUGCAUUAGAAUUUAUCUUUUGAUUUCAGUGCUUGCAUAUGGAGAUAUUACAAGGAUAACACUUUCUAUUCUUCUCCCAGUAGAAUACAAUGGAUUAAAAAAUCGUGUGUAUUUUUAUGGUGAGCAGCAAUUUUUUUCUGGUAGACAUCUCAUUUAUGGAAUAAUAGCUAUUUUAGUUUUUUUUUUAAUUGUGCUUCUAUGGCCAUUACUACUUAUAACAACAAUGUGGUGGACAAAAUGGAAGAUUUUUGAAAAAUCUGGUCGUUUGCAUCCAAUUUUUUCAGCAUUUCAUGGGCCGUUUCAUGAUCAUUUUCAAUGGUUUGCCUCAUUUUAUUUCUUUUCAAGAGUUGUGAUUUAUGCUCUUGGUAUUUUUAUUAAUGACAAACUUAAUCAACUUUGUUACAUAACAAUGGUAUCCUUAAUAGUUUUCAUUGUAUUUGGAAUUUUCUUUCCUUAUAAAAAAGCAUCGUCAAAUUAUUUUGAUACUUUUGUUCUUUUUUUACUUGUUUUGAUUGGUGCUUUAAGUAAUGGUAGAUUUGGUUUACCUAUUGGAAAGUUCAAUGCAUUUCUUUUUUCAGUUACCAAAGUACUUAUGUAUUUACCAUGCCUAAUAGUUUUUAGAUGGUUCUAUUGUUUAUUGGUAUUGAUCAAUUUAAAAGGAUGGUAUGAAAAUAGAAAACGACCGUACACCAUUUUGGUAAAUUAAAUCUGCAACUUGUCAUCUUAUAAAUGUAGAUUCAAAAUUUUAAAGAUUUUUGUCUGCAUUUUAUUUGUCUUAAAUAUUUUUUAUUCAACUCAUUUUAGUUAUGCAUUAAAAGAUGUAAAUAUUUUUUUUUUGUUUAUUUGUUGUGUUAAGUGUUUUUUCCUUGAAUAAAGAUUUUGUCUAAUAAAA